AUGCGUGUUGUCAUGGUGACCAGCCCCUGUACCCCUUCCCCCCUCCUCUGGUUGGUCCAGCUUUUGUUGUGGUUUCACAACCAUGGACCUCAGCUCACAGAGGCAGCACCCCCCUGCCCCACCCCCUGUACCUGCUCCAAUCAGGCGAGCCGUGUCAUCUGUACAAGGAAGAGUUUAGAUCAAGUCCCAGAGAGUAUUUCAGAGAACACAAGAUACCUCAAUCUACAAGAGAACUCAAUUCAGGUGAUCAAGUCUGACACAUUUAAGCACCUGCGGCAUUUGGAAAUCCUCCAGCUCUCCAAGAACCACAUUCGACAGAUUGAGGUGGGAGCUUUCAAUGGCCUUCCCAACCUCAAUACCCUGGAGCUUUUUGACAACCGUCUCACAGUGGUACCAUCACAAGCCUUUGAGUACCUCAGCAAGCUAAGGGAACUAUGGCUACGAAACAACCCCAUCGAGACGCUGCCGGCAUUUGCCUUUCACCGUGUUCCCUCUUUGCGCCGUCUCGAUCUAGGGGAACUCAGGAAGUUGGAUUUCAUCUCAGAGGCGGCCUUUGAAGGUUUGGUAAACUUACGCUUCUUGAAUCUUGGCAUGUGCGGCUUGAAGGACAUCCCUAACCUCACCCCACUAGUACGACUAGAAGAGUUGGAGCUGUCAGGGAAUCAGCUGGGCAUAGUCCGACCUGGAUCCUUCCAGGGCCUAGUGUCACUUCGCAAGCUGUGGCUAAUGCACUCUAGAGUAUCAGUCAUUGAACGCAAUGCUUUUGAUGACCUCAAAAACCUGGAAGAGCUAAACCUUUCCCACAAUUCCCUACAUUCCCUGCCCCAUGACCUCUUCACCCCUUUGCACCAGUUGGAGAGGGUACAUCUCAACCACAACCCUUGGGUGUGCAACUGUGAUGUUCUGUGGCUCAGCUGGUGGCUGAAGGAAACAGUUCCCAGCAACACCACAUGUUGUGCUCGCUGCCAUGCGCCUCCAGGUCUAAAGGGCAAGUACAUUGGGGAACUAGACCAGAGCCACUUUACCUGCUAUGCCCCAGUGAUUGUUGAGCCACCCACUGACCUCAAUGUCACUGAGGGCAUGGCUGCUGAGCUGAAAUGUCGUACUGGGACCUCGAUGACCUCUGUGAAUUGGUUCACUCCAAAUGGCACUCUGAUGACCCACGGAUCGUACCGAGUUAGGAUCUCAGUGCUUCAUGAUGGAACACUGAACUUCACCAAUGUGACAGUGCAAGACACUGGGCAGUACACUUGCAUGGUAACCAACUCUGCCGGAAACACCACUGCAACCGCCGUACUCAAUGUGUCUGCGUCAGACCCCAGCAACAGCUACAGCUACUUCACCACUGUCACUGUGGAAACAGUAGAGACAGUAAGAGGAGAGGAGGAGAACUCAGCAAGACAGUAUAUUAAUGAGACCUUCAUAGAUAUCCCUAAUCCUACUGUUCAGAGAGGGGUGUUAGAGGGCAGACCUGGCAUCACUAUAUCGCCUUCUCUCUCCUCUCUUUCCUCACUGUCCCCACGAGCCAACAGAGCAACUGAAAACGCAGUGACUGUGUCCAUAAUGGAUGUAACAAACAUUCCAGGCCUGGAUGAUGUAAUGAAAACAACUAAGAUCAUCAUUGGUUGCUUCGUGGCCAUUACUUUUAUGGCAGCUGUAAUGCUGGUGGUCUUCUAUAAACUCCGGAAGCAGCACCAGCUACACAAACACCAUGGCCCAGCCAGAGCCAUUGAAAUCGUCAAUGUAGAAGACGAGAUUGGAGCCGGGGCCGGAAGUGGCAUCUCAGGUGGUUCGACAAUGAAUUCUGGCACAGGCGGAGAAGGGACCCUAAGGAUACAUCAACCAGAAAUAGUCAACCUUCCCAACAUUGGCCGUACAGAUACUCUCAACCAUUACUACAAGACCCAUCAUUUCAACAACAACGUGAUGGGUCUUAGUAUUGGCACCGAAGGGAUGGGACCGGGUGGCAUCCUCAGUAACAAGAUCCAGCAAGGCCAGGAUAUCCCCAUCUCCUGUACCUCAGUCCCAAUCUCUACAUCUAAUUUGCUCACCACAUCAGGCAAUGGCACCAACCCCAAUUCUAUGUCCCCACCUCUGCCAAUGUCUCUCCCCAUGCCUACUAUGGGCCUACAUGGAUCGAUCAAGGGUUUCAUGGGCCAAAACCAGAAUCCCCAAAUGGAGCCUCUUCUCUUCAAGGGGAGCUCGAAAGAAAACGUUCAAGAGACUCAGAUCUAA